ACAAAACAAACAAGGGUACAUAUGCAUUUGCUAACUAACCGAUCGUCAGAUUUAAUUUCAUUUUCUAAAAACAUUUGACCAAAAAUAACAAAAACAUGUUUGUUUUACGGCGAACCAUAAUUAAUCGACAAUUUAAUCAUUCUUGUCGUCGUUUAUUUUCAUCAUCAUCCGGAUCAAUAGAACCGGGAAAAGCUCGAUAUAAUCUUGAUUCGAAAAUUGCAUUGGUUACUGCAUCAACCGAUGGAAUUGGAUUUUCAAUUGCACAACGUCUUGCACAAAGUGGUGCAACAGUAAUCGUUAGUAGCCGAAAACAGGCGAAUGUUGAUCGUGCCAUCAAACAAUUACAUGAUGAAGGAUUUAAAUCGGCUACUGGUUUAGUUUGUCAUGUUGGUAAAUCUGAUGAUCGUCAAAAAUUGACCGAAUUUAUUGUUGAUAAAUACAAAGGUUUGGAUAUUUUUGUUUCGAAUGCUGCAAUCAAUCCUGCCAUUGGAGCUAUACUUGAUAGCGACGAAGGUGUCUAUGAUAAAAUUAUGGAUGUAAAUGUUAAAGCACCAUUUUUGUUGACCAAAGCAUUAGUACCACAUAUGGAAAAUCGACCGGGUGAUAAAUCGAUUGUUUAUAUUAGUUCAUUUGUUGGCUAUCAAAUGAUGCCAUUAUUGGCAACAUAUUCAUUAUCGAAAACAGCGCUUAUUGGUCUUUCUCGAAUCGUUGCUGUUGAUUGUGCUAGCCGAAAUAUUCGUGUUAAUUGUGUUUGUCCGGGCAUGAUUAAAACAAAAUUCAGUGAAGCUUUAUGGCAAAAUCCUGAUUUUGAAGAAGAAUUUCAUAAAAUGGUUCUUAUCAAACGUAUGGGAAAACCCGAAGAAAUGGCCAAUCUUGUUACGUUUUUAGCAUCAGAAGAAGCAUCUUAUAUAACGGGUGAAAGUUUUGUUGCAAGUGGUGGAAUAUUUUCUCGAUUAUAAAUCACAGCUGUUUGUUGAUUUAAUCUUUAAUUUACAAUUA